AUGGACGUCCAGGAGUCCACGAAGCGUGCAAACUUCGAGCUCGCACGAGGAAUCAACGCCAUCUCCGCCAAUAGUUUGGCCAAGUCUAACGGCCGUGUGUUUGCUCACAGCUCUCUCAAGAAGCAGUUUACAAUCCAAAAGACCUUGUUACAUUCGGCCAAGAAGUGGUACCCGGCUGACUUUCUUCCCAAGCCGUUGCCAUCCGCCAAGACCAAACGCAACUGCAUCAAGACUGCCAAGCUCCGUAAGUCCAUAACACCUGGUACGAUCCUCAUUCUUCUUUCCGGACGCUUUCGUGGGAAGCGCGUGGUUUUUCUCAACCAAUUACGAUCGGGCACGUUGCUCGUUACAGGGCCUUAUAAGGUUAAUGGUGUGCCGUUACGGCGUGUGAACCAGGCCUUUGUCAUUGCUACGUCCACGCGAAUCGAUCUCUCAGAUGUGGACUUACCAGAGAUUGAUGAUACUUACUUUACGAAGGACAAGCCGACCAAGAAGAGUAACAAGGAAGAAUUUUUUUUUGCGGUGCAUCAAACGGUGACGUCGCCUGUGAUUGCGGAGCAGCGCAAGAAGGACCAAAAAACAGUGGACGCUUUAUUGUUGCAGAAACUGGCAAAUGAACCUUACUUGUGCGCAUACUUGAAUGCUAAGUUCACGCUGACCAAGAACGACCGUGUCCACGAUAUGCGCUUCUAA